AUGCUGGGUGUCGUAACUCUAUUCUUCCAUGGCAGUAACGCCAAGCAAUUCGAGUACUGGUAUCCGUUCUACCGAUGGACCCUAACUCAAGAGGGAGAGGCACCAACCUGCCUCAAAGAUUAUGAGGAUGCCGUCGUAGUAUUGGGUGCACAGAACUCAAUGACGUGCAAAACUUUGGUUAGCUGCAUUUACAACAACACCAAAGAAAUCGACAAGGCGGAUAUGUCAUCUGCGCUGGUUCUACUCGGUCUUGCGCCAACAGUCCUAGGACAGAUGGGCCCAGCGCUAGACCACAAAGCUCAACUAUGUUUCCGAAGCCCGAUUCUUGGGCUUUUAUGCGUCCUAGGCGCCCCUUCAAUUGCUUUCGGAAUGCCAUGGGACAAGACGAAACCUAUCAAGCCUACUGUAGCUACCGCGUUCGCUUCUGGGGAGAUGUGUGGUGUUUUAGUUGGAUAA